UGACUACAUGGGGCUGGGCGAGCUUCCCGAGACGUUCCCGUCGGACCCUCCGGAGCCACUGCCCCACUUCCUGGUGGAGCCCGAGGGCUACAUCGUCAAGAACAAGCCCGUGAACCUCUACUGCAAGGCCACGCCUGCCACACAGAUCUACUUCAAGUGCAACAGCGAGUGGGUCCACCAGAAGGAACACACUGUGGAGGAGCGAGUGGACGAGACCUCAGGCCUGGUGGUGCGUGAGGCCAGCAUCGAGAUCACACGGCAGCAGGUGGAGGAGCUCUUUGGCCUGGAGGACUUCUGGUGCCAGUGUGUUGCCUGGAGCUCUGCCGGGACCACCAAGAGCCGGAAGGCCCACGUCCGCAUUGCCUAUCUCAGGAAGACGUUUGACCAGGAGCCUCUUGGGAAGGAAGUCUCUUUGGAACAGGAAGUACUUCUCCAGUGCCGCCCACCCGAAGGCAUACCUGCUGCUGAGGUGGAGUGGCUAAAGAACGAGGAAGUCAUUGACCCUGCUGAUGACCGUAACUUUUACAUCACCAUCGACCACAACCUGAUCAUCAAGCAAGCCCGGCUCUCGGACACGGCAAACUACACCUGCGUGGCCAAGAACAUCGUGGCUAAACGCCGGAGCACAACUGCCACGGUCAUCGUCUACGUGAACGGCGGUUGGUCGACGUGGACAGAGUGGUCGGUGUGUAACACCCGCUGUGGGCGUGGGUACCAGAAACGGACGCGCAGCUGCACCAAUCCGGCGCCGCUGAAUGGAGGGGCCAUCUGUGAAGGUCAGGCCAUCCAGAAGCUGGCCUGCAACCCGCUGUGUCCAGUGGACGGUGUGUGGACGGAGUGGAGCAAAUGGUCGACGUGCGGGACGGAGUGUGCCCACUGGCGGAGGCGGGAGUGCAACGCCCCGGCGCCCAAAAACGGGGGCAAGGACUGCGAUGGCACCGUGCUGCAGUCCAAGAACUGCACAGAUGGACUGUGCAUGCAGACGGCCCCGAGUACGGACGACGUGGCGCUGUAUGUGGGCAUCGUCAUCGCCGUCAUCAUGUGCCUGGUCAUCUCCGUCAUCGUGGCGCUCUUCGUCUACCGCAAGAACCACCGUGACUUCCACUCGGACAUCAUGGACUCGUCCGCCCUCAACGGGGGCUUCCAGCCCGUCAGCAUCAAGACGGCACGCACAGCUGAUCUCCUCACCGCUCCACCUGACCUGACGUCUGCGGCGGCUAUGUACCGCGGCCCCGUCUACGCGCUCCAGGACGUGGCCGACAAGAUCCCCAUGACCAACUCGCCCCUCCUCGACCCUCUGCCCAAUCUCAAGAUCAAGGUGUACAACUCGUCCGGUCUGGUGACGCCCCAGGAGGAGCUGUCGGACUUCACCAGCAAGCUGUCCCCCAAGCUGCAGCACUGCCUGCUGGACGGGGACACCAUGAGCCGCCGCACCCAGAGCCUGGUGCGCUCCCGGGACCCGUCCUGCACCGCCUUCGGCUCCUUCAACGCCCUGGGUGGGCAUCUCAUCGUCCCCAACUCAGGCGUGAGCUUACUGGUGCCGGCUGGAGCUAUUCCACAGGGACGCGUGUAUGAGAUGUUUGUGACUGUGCACAGGAAGGACAGCAUGAGGCCGGGGGUGGACGACUCCCAGACGGUGCUGAGUCCGGUGGUGAACUGUGGCCCCACAGGUGCCCUCUUGACACGGCCCGUCAUCAUCACCAUGCACCACUGUGCCAAGACCGACCAGGAUGACUGGCUCAUCCAGCUGCGCAGCCAAUCACAGCAGGGACACUGGGAGGACGUGGUUGUGGUCGGCGAGGAGAACUUCACCACGCCAUGCUACAUCCAGAUGGACGAGGAGGCCUGCCACAUCCUGACCGAGACCCUGGGCACCUACUGCCUGGUGGGGCAGUCCAUCAGCUCGGCCACCACCAAGAGGCUGAAGCUGGCCAUCUUUGGCCCGGUCACCUGCACCGCUCUGGAGUACAACAUACGGGUCUACUGCCUGGACGACACUCAGGACUCCCUGAAGGAGGUGCUGCAGAUGGAGAAGCAGAUGGGCGGCAAGCUGCUGGACGAACCAAAGACGCUCAACUUCAAGGACAGCACCCACAACCUGCGCCUGUCGCUCCAUGACGUCCCGCAUACCCAGUGGAAGAGCAAGCUGCUGGCCAAGUACCAGGAGCUGCCGUUCCAGCAGGUGUGGAGUGGCGCCCAGAGGAACCUGCACUGCACCUUCACGCUGGAGCGUCUGAGCGCCUGCACGGUGGAGCUGGCCUGCAAGCUGUGUGUGCGGCAGGUGGAGGGCGAGGGUCAGAUCUUCCAGCUCAACGCCACCCUCUCCGAGGACACCCAGUGCAUCGACACCUCCCUGCUGGACCCGGCCAGCAACAUCACUACCCUGGUGGGGCCGAACGCCUUCCGCAUCCCCCUGUCCAUCCGCCAGAAGCUCUGCGGCAGCCUGGACGCCCCACAGACACGCGGCAACGACUGGAGGAUGCUGGCACACAAACUCAACCUGGACAGGUACCUGAACUACUUUGCCACCAAGUCCAGUCCGACGGGGGUGAUCCUGGACCUGUGGGAGGCGCAGCACUUCCCCGACGGCAACCUGAACCGCCUGGCCGCCGUGCUGGAGGAGAUGGGCCGCGUGGAGAACAUCGGGUCCAUGACCAUGGAGCACUGACCCCCGUCGACCGCGCGGGGGCUUCGAGCAGAAAACCGUUCCAUUGCAGGGAAGUUGGACAGCUGACAGGAUGCAUACACACACACACACACACACACACACACACACACACACACACACACACUUCCACUCACGCACGCACACACACACACACACACACACACACACACACACACACACACACACACACACACACACACAAACUAAGACAGAGCCCUGAACAAGCAUUAACAAAACUCCCAUUCUGAAAAUGUUGAGAUAAAACUCUAGACGAAAAUUGUGCAGAAUAGAAAUCUCAGCGCAGGAGAAUAGAUUGCUUUGAUCCAUUCAUAUGUAAAACAAAUGGACUUGAAUAGUGGUGGUGGGGGAAUGGAAUAAGAGGGGAGAAAGUAAUGACUAAACUAGAAGAGAAAAAAUAGCCCUGUCUGUACGAUUCCUGGUACAGUUUUCUAUUUCCCAAUACAGUUUCCUAGGAAACGCAUGUCUCUGCUGUCCAUUUAUUGGACCUCCUACUCCACCUUUACAGGAAGCGUAGGCAAAUGAUUGACAGGCGAGGGUGCAGGGCAGGGCGGGGCUUCAACACGUGGGCAGAAUCAGGGGAUGGUGGCACCCACUAGAGCUGGCACAGGAAAGUGGGAAGAUGGGAAACAAGAAACGGGUGCUACAGUGGGCACCCAAGUGCCAGCUUGUGCCAUCUCCUUCUGCCACGUGCCUGAUGCAGUGCUUAUGGUUUCUCCUCCCCUACUGUACAUCACAUUUACUUUGGAAUAACCUGAAAGUACUCCAGUCCUGAUUUUAUAUGAAUAUAUAUUUAAUAUUGCCUUUAUUUAUACACAUGUAUCUCUCCCAUGGUUUGAUUUUCGUGUGGCUUCAUAUAUUAGCCUAAUUUACACAUGUCUUCUUGAUUUUUUGUUUUCUUUCUUGGCUGUUUGUGUAGUGUUUUUUUUUUAUUUUAUUUUUAAAAUCACAAUUCCUUGGACACAUUUUUAUUCAUUGCUUCAUAGUGCCACCUAGUGGAUAUCCUCAGCAACAGCAAGGCUCUGCCACCGUACUGUAGGCAACAAAUUGGGAGUGUGCAGCCUGUAAAUAAGCCAGUACAUCAUCAAUUGUACAGCGGUGUAAUGAGUAUGACCAUUCUUUUCUUGUGUUUUGGUUUCAUGGUGAUCAGUAAUUAUAGCUGCGAUUUAGCAACAGAAGUAACUACCAAAAUCUGUUCUUUGCAAGUGUGUUUGUCCUGUCUGAGUUGCAAGAUACCAGCAGAAGCAGUGAAUUUUCUCGGUCACCAAUUAAAAUGGAGGUGACACGAAAGGCUUGAUUUCUGUGCUGUGCCGUGAGUUCAACAUGACCAGUUUUUUGCAGCCACAUUUUGAACCAAUUCCACCAUUGGUUCCUUUUGACACUGUUUCAACACCAUCCAUAUUUGUUUGUCUUGUUGAUAAUAAUCAUAUGAAGAUGAUGACAAUAUCAACUGUGUUUGAUUGUAAUUCAGUGAUAAUUUCUCUGUUGCUGUUGUUGAUGCUUUUUGAAACAACUGGACAUCUUUGUUCAAAAACACAAACGCAAAAAGGAUGAUUUAGGUGUGUAUAGAGAUUUGUGUGCUAGAGCUGGACAAAGUGUAAAAGAACGUUUUAUAAACCUGCUGUGUUGGAUUUGUGGAGGUGUUAGCAGGAUUAUGAACCUCACCUCCUCCUCUUAGAGACUUCUCUGAUCCAACAGAGAAAGAGAAAACUAGGCCCGGGAGCAUACAAGUUAGCAGAAAGAAACUGAUGAUAGAAUGCAGUGGAUAAUUGAAAGUUUCAGCCUUUUUUUCACAGGAUGAAACAAGUUUGUGACUAGACUGAUAAAAAAAAAAAUAUUUGUAUUUUUCCUUUUUUGGUUCCUUUUUUCUCUUGUACACGUUUCUAAAAGCUGUCUAUGCAAACCUGCCAUCAUUUAUAUUCUGAAAUGUACAUGCAUCAGAGUGAUAGCAGUGGCAUUCUAUAGGUGUCACAGCUCUUGAUUGUGAACGUUAUAUUUAUGGUGGGGAUGUUACCAAUUCUUUUAUGGCACGUUCAUGAUGUUCCUUGCAACAGCUUGCAUUUUUUUUUCUCUUUGUGAAGUUUCUGUACAAAAUGUAAGAAAGAAUUUUUAAACUGGUAAUAAAUUAUAUUUAUAUGCAA